AUGUCUCUGAACAAUCCUCCACAAGUGGUCAACAUUCCGUGGAGGAACAACAAUUUCACCCUUUUAAACAGAGACGCUCCUCUAUCGGAUCAAGGAGAGACCAUCAUAGGCGUAUACCUGUUGGUAUUAGGUUGGCUGUCUUGGUUCGGGAACAGCGUGGUGAUCUUUGUCCUCUACAAGCAGCGGGCCACCCUGCAGCCCAGCGACUAUCUGACCUUUAACCUGGCCGUGUCUGACGCCAGCAUCUCCGUGUUCGGCUACUCCCGCGGCAUCCUGGAGAUCUUCAACAUCUUCCGGGACGACGGGUACAUCAUAUCCUCCGUCUGGACCUGCCAGAUAGACGGAUUCUGCACCCUGCUGUUCGGACUGGCCAGCAUCAACACCCUGACCGUCAUCAGCGUCACGCGAUACAUUAAGGGCUGUCACCCAAACAAAGCUCACUGUAUCAGCACCGGGACUGUGGCCCUCAGCAUCGCCCUCAUAUGGCUGGCAGCAGGGUUCUGGUCCGGAGCCCCGCUGCUGGGCUGGGGCAGCUUCACAGACCGUGGGUACGGGACCUGUGAAGUGGAUUGGGCCAAAGCCAACUACUCCACCUUCUACAAGUCCUACAUCAUCCUCAUCCUCAUCUUCUGCUUCUUCGUACCCGUGCUGGUCAUGCUCUUCUCCUACGUGUCAAUCAUCAACACGGUGAAGAAGGGCAACGCCCUCUCGGCCGAGGGUGACAUCACCGACCGGCAGAGGAAGAUGGAGAGGGACGUGACCGUGGUGUCCAUAGUGAUCUGCACGGCCUUCAUCCUGGCCUGGUCCCCGUACGCCGUGGUGUCCAUGUGGUCGGCGUGGGGCUUCCAGGUGCCGGGCCUCACCAGCAUCUUCACGCGGCUGUUCGCCAAGUCCGCCAGCUUCUACAACCCGCUCAUCUACUUCGGGCUCAGCUCCAAGUUCCGCAAGGACGUCGCCGUCCUGCUGCCCUGCGCCGGGGAGGGCAAGGACACGGUGAAGCUCAAGCGCUUCCGGCCCAAAGCCGAGGCUGAGGGAGCUCUCCCGGCCCCCGACGGGCCCUGCCCGGCCCCCGACAACGCCGCCCCGAAGCACCGCGCCCAGGAGGAGCCCCUCAAGCCCUCCCCCAGCCCCGACUCGGGAGUGGGGAGCCCCCCAGGGACGCCUCCCGCCGGGAACAACAACAAGGACGUCUUCUUCAUCGCGAUGCCCUCUCCCGCCGAAGGACUGGACUACGAGAGCGACAGACUCUGA